CGCAGUGAGCCCGGCGGGCAGCGGCGGCGCCCAUGGCGUUCAGCGCCUGGCAGAUCCUCUCGCCGGUGCAGUGGGCCCGCUGGACCUGGUCGGCGGUGCGGGGCGGGGGCAGCCCCGAGGAGGGAGACGGCGGGGCCGGUGCCGCCGAGGAGGAUGAUGGUGAUGAUGAGGAGGAGGACCGGGACCCGCCGGCGGGGGUUUCGGGCCUCGGCUUCAGCUCGGACUCCACUGAUAAUUUUGAGACCCCUGAAGCAGAAACACCAAGCUGCUCGCCACUCAAGGAGUUCUGCGAGCCACCGGGAUCGCCAGAGUCCGGGACCCAAGAGCCAGGUGACCUGCUGGUAGGGGAAGUCCACCGGGACAGCUCGCCUGGGAAGCACCCCAAAGAUGAGGCUCAAGCAGAGAUUGGAGCCCCUAAAGCCAGUUUGGAUGCUGAAGGGGAAGCUGAGCCCGACAAGUCGCCCCUGAUGCAGCCCCUGGCCGGGCUGGGCUGCAGGGCUGACCCUGGGCAGGCUGCUGUGCCCACUGUGCUGCCAGCCCCCGUGGCCCCUGUGGGCACUGCCACCCGGCCCAUGUCAGGAGGGGACACGGCUGACACCGGCACGGGGCCGGGGCUGGGGGCUGAUGGCCUGGCCCAGGAGCAGCUCGGGAAAGGGAAAACACCUUCACUGGCGAGGAAAACAGAUGAAGCCACGGAGGAGACACAAGCAUCCUACCAGCUUGACCCUGAGCAGCGUGACGGGAGUGCGAACCCCUUCAUUGCCGGAGCCUGCCAGCUGCAGAGCUCUCCCCCUGCAGCCCCACAAUGCUUUCCCCAUCCCGGGGAGCUGGGGGGGCACCUGGCUCUGGAGGCCCCAGGGCAGGUCCUGAAACCUGGGGCUGAUGUUACAGAAGCUAGAGAGAGCGUGGAGGCCAAGCCAGCUUCGCCCAGGAGGGGCAGCAGGAUCCCGGCCAGCAAGCUGACACCAAAGAGACACAGAGAGUCCCCCAGGAAAGCAGCUGAGGACGCAGAGAGGGGUCCCACAGAGCCACCUCUGCCCCAGGGCUCCUCCCAGCCAGGUCCCCCCUGCUGGGACAGCCCUGCUCUCAGCUCCCUCAGUGGCAGCUCAGCACUGCAAAGUUCGCCGGUUCUCCCCAAGGGUUCUUACCGGUUUGACCCCAAUAACUUUGACUCCAUGGAUCCAUUCAAGCCCACCAAGACACUUGCCAGCACCAACGCCGACUCUUGCUCCACUGCAGAUAACAGCCUCAAUGAAAUCCUCGAGUCUCAGACGCUGGAGAUGCAGGAUGAUGCCCUGAAAGGCACAGACUCCCCCAAGAAGCCCAAGUCACGGCUGAUAACGAGCGGCUGCAAGGUGAAGCAGCACGAGGCGCAGCCCCUGGUCCUGGACGUGGGCGCUCAGGAUGAAGGAGUGCUGAUCUCAGAAAUCCCAGCCAUUACAAACCGGGAUGGGCGUGCCACUGAUGAGGAGAAGCUGGCCUCCAGCAGCUCCAUGCAGAAACCAUCCGGGAUGGAGAAGAAGGCCGAGCCAGAAGAUGACCUGGAGUACUUUGAGUGCUCGAACAUCCCCGUGUCUGCAGCAAAGCACAGACCAGAGGCAGGUUUUGAAAGGGAGAUCUGCAAGCAGAUGGAAAAGGGAGGGCCUGGAAUCUUCCCUGACAAUCCCGGGCUGUGCUCCAUGGACAAGUGCCCCAGCAGCGAGAGUCCCCUGGCUGGCAUCUGCCUCAGCGAGUCCGAGAAGGCGGCCGUGCUCACGCUCAUCAGGGAGGAGAUAAUCACCAAGGAGAUGGAGGCCAACGAGUGGAAGAAGAAAUACGAGGAGAGCCGGCAGGAAGUGCUGGAGAUGAGGAAAAUCGUGGCUGAGUAUGAAAAGACCAUUGCCCAGAUGAUAGAGGAUGAGCAGAGGACAAACAUGACAUCUCAGAAGAACCUGCAGCAGCUCACAAUGGAAAAGGACCAGGCUCUGGCAGACCUGAACUCAGUGGAGAGGUCCCUGUCAGAUCUGUUCAGGAGAUAUGAAAACCUGAAGGGCGUCCUGGAAGGAUUUAAGAAGAAUGAAGAAGCUCUGAAGAAAUGUGCUCAAGAUUAUCUAACCCGUGUCAAGCAAGAAGAGCAGCGGUACCAGGCCCUGAAAGUCCACGCAGAAGAAAAAUUAGACAAAGCCAACGAGGAGAUCGCCCAGGUGCGCGCCAAGGCCCGAGCGGAGAGCGCGGCGCUGCACGCGGGGCUGCGCAAGGAGCAGAUGAAGGUGGAGUCCCUGGAGAGAGCCCUGCAGCAGAAGAACCAGGAGAUUGAGGAGCUGACCAAGAUCUGCGAUGAGCUGAUAGCAAAACUGGGGAAGUCCGACUGAGCCUCAGCACCCCUUGCCCAGCACUCUGCACUUGGCUGCUUUUCUCGUGACGUCGAGCACCUUGCCUUACCCCGGAGUCCCCGCGGGAGAGCUCACGUGCCCAGCCUGCCUGCCAGGCCUGAGGCUCCUGAGCAGAGCCGCUCCUCUCACUCCCCCUGUCUGCUUCCCACAGCUCUGGGGCUCUGUGGUCAGCCUGGGCCUGCCUGUCCCUCCCAGGGCCUGCCUGUCCCUCCGUGCCAGUGCCACCUCUCAGGUUGGAGGUGACAGCCUGGGCUCUGUCCCCCUCGGUUGGCUGGGUCUAGUUGUGUCCCCACCACACUUUGUCACUUACUGUCCUGUCGUGCUCAGCGGGGCAGGUCCAGCCCCGUGCUAGGUCCUGCCCUGGGAUGUGGGUGGUGGCAGGGGUGCACUGCUGGCUCUGGCCCUGGGAAAGGGGAGCUGGCACUGGGAUGGCCGGGCUCUGCUUGGUGGGUGAAGCACAGCACAGCAUCUCCCUGUCCCUGGCUGUGCCAGCCUCAGAGGAAGGGAGCUGACAUCUCUGCAUUUGUGCACUUUAUGAGCAUUUAUGGGCACUUGGGCUCUCUGCUCACUCCUUCCAGACAGGCACGGUGCUGACACAAGGCACGACUUGUUCCCCCCUAGAGCACUGAAACAGUCACGUAACCUGAGUAACUUCGGUCCUCCCAGGGGAGAGUCCGGGUGAGGGCAGGCAGGAGGUUUCUGCACCAAGAGGUGUUUGAGAAGCAGGGGAGGUGUUGGUUCUGGAGAGCAGGGACUGCCUGUCCGUCCUGCCCGUGGCCCCUGCGGGGUUGGGUGACCUCCUGCUGGACACGGACAGAGCCAGGGCUGUUGCUGUUGAGUGCCUGUGCCAUGGUGAGAUCAAGGUUCCAUUUCAGAGGCUGCAGGAGGAAGGAGGUGAACCCUGAGCUGCCUCGUGGCUGCUGCAGUAACUGCAGGGCUGGAGGAUUCUUUGCCUUGAAUGGAUAGGUAUGAAAUAAGGGAAAUAUUUUCAGUUUGGAUUGUUUCCUGCCCAGCCUGUUGAACACUUUCACAAACCUUUUUGCUGCUACCUUUUUCUAACAGAAUUGAGCUCUUUUCCUUCUAUUUUCUAAUUCCCUAUGUUGAGCAUGCAGGGCGAACACCUGUUUAAGCCAGAGCCAUACACUUGAUUUUGUUUUAUUAGUUAUAUAAUAUAUAGAGGGUUUAUUCUACACUUAAGCAAAGGUGUCAGCAGCCUGCCCCAGCACGCAGCUCCCCUGCUGUUCCCCACUCCCAGUUAUCCCAGUAACCGACUGGUCACAGGAGCCAGUGGCUGACACCGCUCAAAGCAGUGCACCCGUUGCUUGUGCUGGAUAUUCACCCUUUGCACGGUUGACAGAAAAGAAAACCCCUCUUUGCCCCUCUCUUUUUAACCACUUUGACCUCCCCACAUGUCCCUCUCCUGGGCUGGUGAAAAAGCUUCAUUAGAACGAUCAAGGACUAUUUCUGCUGCCCUUGGGGAGUCAGUGCAGGAAAACCCCUGAGACCAGAGAUUGCUUGGGCAGUUGGAUUUCUCUCUUGAGGAAGCAAAAUGCAGCAUUGCAAAACCUCAGAGCUGGUUCAGAGCUGGUUCAGAGCUGGUUCAGGGCUGGUUCAGAGCUGGUUCAGGGCUGGUUCAGGGCUGGUUCAGGGCUGGUUCAGAGCUGGUUCAGAGCUGGUUCAGAGCUGGUUCAGAGCUGGUUCAGAGCUGGUUCAGGGCUGGUUCAGAGCUGGUUCAGGGCUGGUUCAGGGCUGGUUCAGGGCUGGUUCUGGGCACAGGGGCACCGUUCUGCCCGCAGUGCCGCUGUGCAGCUGGCAGAGCCCAGGUGUGGGAGGGAGGCAGGUCCCAGGUGGGGACUGUGGCAGCCCUCAGCCUUCUGCUUUGCUCAGGGCCAUGAUGCUCACCUGCUGUCAGGUCAGUCUCUCCUUGGGGCAUUGCUGUGGCCCUUGGAGCUGAUGGAUAAUUGCAGAAGUUUAGAUUUCACCACUCAGCACUUCCCCCAGCCCCUGACCUGCACACAGCGCUCACCAGUGCAGCUUUCCCUGCGGGCUGUGUGCGAAGCACGGCUCCUCAGUGAUACCCCACGGGGCACAGGCCAUCCCUCCUGUCCCAGUGUCCCUCCCCAGUGUCACCCGGCCCUGCCGUGCUGCUCCCGGUGCUGUUCCUGUGCCUGUCCGCAUACACCCCAGUCUGGGCAAAGAAGAUUCCUACGGAAUGAUUUAUUAACUAUAAUAUGGGUAUAGUUCCAUAUAUAUAAAUACAUGUAUAAUGGGUAUAGCUAUAUAAAAUAGAAGUUUGCCAACAGGCAGGAUGGUUGCACCUCGUGUGCCACGCUCAGACGUGCUGAGGUGAUGGUGUCCCCAUGCCUGGCGCAGGGAAUGGCGGCUCCCUGCACGUGGUGUCACAGCUGGGUGUGUUUGUCCUCUGUUUCUUGCAGUAGACUUUAAAUGCCCCUUCUGGCAGCAGCAGGCCCUGCCCCUGCUGCUGCGUUGCUGUUUGCAGUGUGUGUUUGCCAGCAGAGCUGUCUGUAACCAAGUGCCAACCAGUAACCCCCAACUACUGAUCUCUUCCCCUGUCCCUCCACUGUGGCCUCCCCCAGGCAGGAACUUCCUCUGCCUUGACUCCUGCUCCUCUGCUUCCAGCCAUGUGUGUAACUGCCAUCGCCAUCGAUUUUAUAUGUAUGACAAUUUCCCUUUUAUAUGUCAGGUAAAUAUUUGUAAGAGUUAUACUCACACAAAUGAGAUUAUUAUAAUGAUUACUAAUAUAUUUUUUCCAUGUUUCAUUGCCUGAGUAAAAACUGUGUUUAUCACUCU